GUCCGGGCAGAAGCACGAUGAGAUGUACCCGGUGGUGACCACCAACUACGGCAAGCUGCGUGGUGUGAGGAAGGAACUCAACAACGAGAUUUUGGGCCCGGUGGUCCAGUACUUGGGUGUGCCCUUCGCUACCCCACCCGUGGGUGAGCGGCGCUUCCAGCCCCCCGAGGCCCCCGCUUCCUGGUCCGAGGUGCGCAACGCCACCCAAUUCGCCCCUGUCUGCCCCCAGAACAUCCAUGGCAUACUCCCCGAGGUCAUGCUCCCCGUCUGGUUCCUCUCCAACCUGGACGACGUGGCCACUUACAUCCAAGACCAGAGCGAGGACUGUCUGUACCUCAACAUUUACGUACCCACCGAGAACGGUCCGCUCACAAAAAAACCCGACGAUAACGGCGCAUUUGGUGGUCUUGAAGAUGAAGAUAUCAGAGACAGCGGUCCCAAGCCGGUGAUGAUGUUUGUGCAUGGAGGAUCGUACAUGGAGGGAACAGGGAACAUGUUCGAGGGGAGCGUCUUGGCAAGCUACGGCAAUGUUAUAGUGGUCACUAUCAACUACCGACUCGGCGUACUUGGGUUCCUGAGCACGGGGGAUAUGGCUGCCAAAGGUAACUAUGGUCUGCUGGAUCAGAUCCAGGCUCUGCGGUGGCUCAGCGAAAACAUCGGCUAUUUCGGUGGGGACCCCAUGAGGAUCACGGUGUUCGGAUCGGGCGCGGGCGCGUCCUGCGUCAACCUCCUGAUCCUCUCUCACCAUUCUGAAGGCCUCUUCCAACGGGCAAUUGCGCAGAGCGGCACUGCCAUUUCAAGCUGGUCCGUCAACUACCAGCCGGCUAAAUACACCAGGAUGCUGGCCAAGAAGGUGGGCUGCAACUUUGCCGAGACUGUGGACAUGGUGGACUGCCUGCGGAGAAAGUCCUACCGGGAGCUGGUAGAUCAGGACAUCCAACCCACCAGGUACCACAUCGCUUUUGGGCCCGUGGUGGAUGGUGAUGUCCUCCCUGAUGACCCUGAGAUCCUGAUGGAACAGGGUGAGUUCCUCAACUAUGACAUCCUGCUGGGUGUCAACCAGGGCGAGGGUUUCAAGUUUGUGGAGUCACUGGUGAACACAGAGGAUGGCAUCUCAGCCAGCUAUUUUGACUUUGCCGUCUCCAACUUCGUGGACAACCUCUACGGCUACCCGGAAGGCAAGGACAUCCUUCGGGAGACCAUCAAAUUCAUGUACACAGACUGGGCGGACCGCGACAACGGCGAGAUGCGGCGCAAGACCCUUCUGGCACUCUUCACCGACCACCAGUGGGUCGCGCCGGCCAUUGCCACUGCCCGGCUCCACGCUGAGUACCAGUCUCCAACCUACUUCUACACGUUCUACCACCACUGCCAGAGCGAGAUGAAGGCCGUGUGGGCAGAUGCAGCGCAUGGCGACGAGAUCCCCUACGUCUUCGGCAUCCCCAUGAUUGGAGUCACCGAGCUCUUCCCCUGUAACUUCUCCAAGAACGACGUCAUGCUCAGUGCAGUGGUGAUGACCUAUUGGACCAACUUCGCCAAGACCGGUGAUCCCAACAAACCGGUCCCUCAGGACACCAAGUUCAUCCACACCAAGCCCAACCGGUUCGAGGAGGUGGCGUGGACCAAGUUCAACUCCAAGGAGAAGCCCUACCUGCACAUCGGGCUCAAGCCUCGGAUUCGCGAGCACUACCGGGCUAACAAGGUGGCCUUCUGGCUGGAGCUGGUGCCCCACCUGCACAACCUCCACGACAUCCUGCAGUACACAUCCACCACCAAGCUGCCGCCCGAGGACCCCUUCCUCACCAACCGGGCUCACGGCAAAGGCUGGACCAUCACCACCAAGAGGCCGCUGGCCACCUCACCGCCUGCGCAGGAACGCACUGAGGAGCCGCACAAUUACGUGCGCCUGCCCGAGGACUCGCGGGACUACUCGACCGAGCUGAGCGUGACGGUGGCGGUGGGCGCCUCGCUGCUCUUCCUCAACAUCCUGGCCUUCGCCGCCCUGUACUACAAGCGGGACAAGCGCCACGAGCUCCACCGCCGGCUCAGCCCCCAGCGCAACGCCGCCAACGACCUGGCCCACGCCCCAGAGGAGGAGAUCAUGUCGCUGCAGAUCAAGCACGGCGAGCACGAGAGCCGUGACCUGGAUGCCCUGCGGCCCCACGAGAUCCUGCGGCCCGCCUGCCCCCCCGACUACACUCUGGCCCUGCGCCGGGCCCCCGACGACGUGCCCCUCAUGAGCCCCAACACCAUCACCAUGAUCCCCAGCACCAUCAGCGGGAUGCAGCCUCUCCACGCCUUCAAUACUUACCCCGCGGGCCACAACAACACGUUACCCCACCCGCACUCCACUACCCGGGUAUAGUGGGGCCCUUGGCGACCACCUUGACAACGGGCAGCCAGGAACAACGACUUUUAAUCCUUCCACACCAUGAUCCAACCGAUCUGACUAAAGUCCUUUCCUGUUCCCUCCCCACCCCAAACCCCACCCUUUGGAAACAAUGAUGGACAUUGCAGAGAGAGAAAGACAGAGCAUUUUUGCCUGAUCGAUUCGCUAUUUUUCACGAAAAACCUUCCCCUCUUGUAAUAUAAUACAACUUUUUCUUGGAGGGAGAGGGAUUGAUAUCUUAUUAUUCUUUCCUGUUCCAAUGUCCUCCCUUCUUCACUCCUCAUCUCUAAGGAACGCUGACGACAGCUUUCCAAUGCCAAGGUAGUCUUAGCUUUUGGCCCACCAGUGAGUUUUCUGUCAGAAGGUAGGAAAAUGUGCCAAACAUAAAAAGCCAAAUUUAUAUUCAAGACACGUAUUUAAAAACUGACCUGAGAUUUGUUUCUCUUUCUUAAAAUUUCUUUUACUGAGCCCAUAUGAUUUGAUCACUUGUCCAGAAAGUUAGCCUAGGCCAUUUUUCACAGGGACCCACUGUCACUUUCACAUUCUUGAAAGGGAGGAGGAAACAGCUAGACAAACGAGCGAGUUAAAGAACGCUCGCCAAACUGAAUUCCCCAAAAGUAAGGAGAAGGCCAGAAUAUAGACCCAGUUAAAGAAAGCU